GUCGUGCUCAGUCGUCGAUCAGGGGCCGAUCAAUUUCCGACCACAAACCCUAGCCCGGCGAACCGAGGAGACGAUGCCGCCAGUAGGAGGAGUAGAUGAUUACACGGAGCAGGAUUCCCCGCAGGCGACCGGCCACCAUGGCUGCCCCGAGGACGUUUCGUCUUCUUCGCCGACGCUCCCCGUCAUUGCUUCAAUAGCUUCCGAGAAGAAGAAGCAGAGGCGCGAUCGCGAGCAGCAGCCCGCGGCAAGCCUCCCCGACGACAUCAUCAUCGAAAUCCUGUCGCGGGUGCACUACAAGUCGCUCUGCCGUUUUAAGUGCGUGUCCAAGCAGUGGCUUGACCUUUGCUCCGGCCUCGACACCCACAAGAGGUCGCCGCAGGCCCUAUCCGGCCUCUACUUCUUGGACGAGGAACACCAAGGCCUCAGUUUCCAUGGUCUGACCGGGGGUGGCCCCCGUCUGGUCGAUCCCGAUCUCUCUUUCUUGCGCAAGAGCUACGAAAGCUUAGAGGUCACACAAUGCUCCAGCAGCCUUCUCCUUUGCAUGUGUUGGAAGAACUCGUACUCACCGCGGGGUGAAUGUGAUUAUGUCGUGUGCAAUCCGGCAACCGAGAAGUGGACUCUGUUGCCUCUGAUAGAAUGCAUGGACCAAGCGGACGUCGAACGCUAUUUGGGUUUCGACGCAGUCAAGCCCUCUAGCUUCGUUGUGGUUGCGCCCUUGACAGAUAUUUAUCAACUAAUCAGAAAAGUAGCGAUCUACUCAUCGGGAACUGAACGAUGGACUUACGUGGAAAGUGGGUGGGCUUCUGAUACUAUGGUGGGUGAUCAAGAUGCCAUAUUCUUGAAUGGCAUUGUGCAUUUGACUACCUGUGGUUCUUCAAUAGUAACAGUGGACAUAGAAGGAAAGAUUUGGAGAGAAAUUAGAGUGCCACACUUCGACGCCAUUGGGCUAUCUCAGGGAUGCUUGCAUGCUUGGCGUGUAGAUGUUCUUAAUGGUUGCCAACUCUCUCUUUGGGUUCUUCAGGAUUAUGACAGCGAGAACUGGACUCUAAAGCACACUGUCAAUGUUUUGGAAUUAUUUGGAAGUCAUUGUCGCAAAGAUCAUGAGUCCUACAUGGUGUUGGCCAUUCAUCCAAAUUGUAAUCUGAUUUUCCUUACCGAUGGGGAGAUGACAGUCUUGUAUGAUACGGAUAAUCGGAAAGUGAAUGUUAUCAGCUCUUCUGUAGAUUUCGUGGGUUGUGCACCUUAUAUUCCCUGUUUCACAAAAUGGCUGUCCGAUGGACGCUGAAAGUGACGGUAGCGCCUUUGUAACAACCAGUUGUUGGAUAUGGGCCUAAUUUUCUUGUUUUGUGGCACCAGCUUGGAUGUGCAACAACUCGUGUGCCACUGAUGGAAGAGGUGAUUCAGUUCGACAUAACCUAAUCUUGGCUUGCUUUUGAUGUUUUUAUUUCUUAUUCUAGGAGAAAAUAACUUAGUUUUAUUGAGAGGUGUAGAUUAGCAUGAUUCUCACAAUGAUAUAUUUGUACUAGUUUUGAC